GCCCCGCGUCGCCACGCCUCAGCCCUUGCUUGGCGGCCAUGAGCGUGGUGGCGCACCGGCUAGGGUCCCUCCGCGCGGGGUUCCAGGCGCUGCCUGGCGCCCGUCACGCAGGGAUUCUGGGCGGCGCCCGAGACCUGCACUGCUCGCCGGUCUCCUGCGGCAAGAACCUGCUCAAGAAAUUUGCCGCAAAAACCAAAAAAAAAUUCUGGUAUGAAGGUCCUUCCUUGGGCCCUCACUUGGCGUUCAGGUUCUUGCCAGCUGCCCCUUCUGUAAGUCAGUACAGUCUAAUGCCGGCUGUGUGUCUGUCCUGUCCCGAGACUUACAAGCCGUCCCAGCUGGAGUCUCUGACUAAGAGCACCUCGCAGAAGACCAGGAAGGAAGACAGCGUGCGGCUGAGGGCCCUGAACGGCCUCCUCCACAAAGCGCUGACCGACUUGCUGUGCACCCCGGAAGUGAGCCAGGAGCUCUGCGACUUGAACGUGGAGCUGUCCAAGGUGUCCCUGACGGCGGACUUCUCCGCCUGCCGAGUGUACUGGAAGGCCACGCCGCGGGCGGAGCGGGACGCGCGCGCCGGGGCCGCGCUGCGGAGGAGCGCCGCGCAGAUGAGCUUUCCAGUACUGACAGACUCCACGAGAUCGGUGGCGACCCAGACAGUGCGAUGCGGUCUGGUGAACGUGUCGACCUUCUGCAGUGCGCACGGCCUGGGGAACCGGUCUUCCCGGGUGACCGGUGUGCGAGGUUGCGGUCACGUGCCGAGAACAGUGCAGAGUGCGAGAGCAGGUGGUCUGUGCCCAGCGACCUGCCGUCAGGGCCCACAUCGCGACCAACCCUGAAAACGACCAUGUGUUGCGUGUUCGUGUAGCAUCAAGAAGAGCCACACUCUUUGAAGGGUGUUUGUAUUCUCCAUUUUGCAGUUAGAGAACUGUGUGAGGCCAGACUUAUAUUUCAACCAAAAUAACAUCAGAGCAGAGUGAACGCAGAUGCAGACAUGGCAGUUCAGCUGUCUGCCAUUAAGCUGGGCAUGAAAGAAAUUUGCAGCUGUGUAAACACUGCCCCGCUUUUCCAAAAACAUUGUUGGAAGUAGUUAUUUUGCAUUAAAAAUGUCUGAACGUUUGGUGGGUUUACUUUAAAUGAAUUAAUAAAUACGUAUUUUUAAAAUACUUA